AUGGGAGUACCAACAUUUUAUAGGUGGUUAUGUAACAGAUAUCCCUUGAUAGUUAAGGAGUUAAAAGAUGCUGUUGAUGAGGAGACGUGUUUAAAUGACUUGGAGUUGACAGAACCAAAUAUUAAUGGAGAAUUUGAUUGUUUGUAUUUGGAUAUGAAUGGUAUAAUACAUCCAUGUUGUAAUCCAAGCGGAGGAGACAAACCAAAAGAUGAGGCAGAGAUGUUUACAAGAGUAUGUGAUUAUAUAGAUAGAUUAUACGCAAUGAUAAGACCAAGAAGAUUGAUUUAUAUGGCAAUAGAUGGUGUUGCUCCAAGAGCAAAAAUGAAUCAACAAAGAAGUAGGAGAUACAAGACAGCCUUAGAGAUGGAUUAUAAUAGAAGAGCUUAUGAAAUAGCUCAAGAGGAGUUUUGUAGGAUAGGUUAUAAAUGUCCUGAAUAUAUUGAAAAAUGGGACAGCAAUGUAAUUACACCAGGAACUCCAUUUAUGGAGAGACUAACAAUGUGUUUACAUGCUUACAUAAGAAGAAAAUUUGAGACAGAUGAAUCUUGGAAAUCAAUUUCAGUAAUAUUUUCUGACUCAAAUAUACCCGGAGAAGGAGAGCAUAAGAUAUUAGAAUUUAUUAGAACUCAAAGAAGUAAUGAAGAUUAUGACCCAAAUACCAAACAUGUUCUAUAUGGAUCAGAUGCAGAUUUAAUUAUGCUUGGUUUGUCUACUCAUGAGACUCAUUUUUAUAUAAUUAGAGAAGCAGUCAGAGAUUUCAAAGUAGACUCUCCAUCAUCUAUUUCAAUAGUGUAUAAUGCUUGGAUUAAGAAAAUUAAAGAUUUAGAAAUGGAAAAUGAUAAUGGAGGUCUAUCUAUUGGUUCUUUUGAAAAAGGCCCAAAUAUUGGGAAGAAACUUCGAAUUUAUUCUUGGUGGUCUGAUAUUGAGAUAGUUGACCUUUCAAUGCUUAGAGAAUACCUUAAUUUUGAUUUUAAUGAAAUAAAAGAGCAGAUUGAAUAUUUGAAAAGUGUUAAAGAAAGCCAAGUAAAAACAAAGGAAGACUUUCAUUAUGAUUUUGAGAGAUGCAUUGAUGACUUUGUAUUUCUUUGCUUUUUUAUUGGUAAUGACUUUCUUCCUAACCUCCCAGUAUUUAGUAUUUAUAAAGGUUCACUGGAUCAGAUUCUUGGGAUUUAUAUUAGAGUAUUACCUAGAAUUGGCGACUAUUUGACUUUGGAAGGAAACAUUAUUCCAAAUUCUAUUAUUCAAUUUUUCAGUUACCUUCGUGAUUUGGAAUACGAGAUCAUUAUUCAGGAAUCUAAGUUUAACCAACGGGCAGGUGGAAGUGCAAGGGGAAGGUUAGACCAAAAUAGCAAUAUAGAGGGAGAUCAGAAAAAUAAUUUGGAAGAAGACCAGAUUGGAGCCAUGGAGAAAGGUCAGAAUUCUGUGGCUUUAUCCUCAUCAUUACAAACAUUAUCAUCAUCAUCAUCAUCAUCAUCUUCUUCUUCUUCUUCUUCAAAAGCUCCACAAUCGACCAACACUGGCAGACCUACGGUUUCAGCUUCUGAAAUAGAGUUACUUUUUGGUGAAGAUGCAACUUCUGGAGUAGAAUCCACGGUUACCCAUAAUAAACCAGUAAAAACAGAAGAAGAAAAAAAAGAAGAAAAUGAAUAUUUUUCAGAAAAGAAUUUUGGGAAAAAGAGGCGAUUCGAUAGUAUUGAGUCUUAUUUCCAAGAGCAUCUGUCAAAAUUAGUCAAGUAUUUAUCAGAAGUAGAAGACUACAACGAAGAGAAUAUACUUAUGGAUAGCAACUCUUUAAACUCAAACGAUAAAGGAGCUAAUACAGAAGGAGAUAAUAGAAUGGGAAGAAUUCCAAUCAAUAUUGAUGACCCAGAGAGUAUAUUCAAAUAUAGAUUGAAUUACUAUAACGGUAAAUUUAGAGCUCAAAUUAACUUUCAAGGUGAGGAAAAUAAUGGAAAUGAAGGAAAAAGAGAAGAGGAAGCUAAAUCUAAAUUAAAUGAAAUUUCCGAUCAAGUUUGCAUAAAUUAUUUAAGAGGAUUGUCAUGGGUACUUAGUUAUUAUUAUCAUGGGGUACCUAGUUGGGAUUGGUAUUAUCCAUAUCAUUAUGCACCAUAUGUAAUAGAUAUUGUAGAGGCAAUCAAUAAUGUAAAAAAUGAAAAUAAAAUCAAAGAGUCUUUAAUUGGUGAAUUUGAGUUGGGGAAACCAUUUACUCAAUUUGAACAAUUAAUGUCAGUACUUCCUCCAAAAUCUGGAAAAAUAUGCCUACCUAAAGAGUUUUAUAAUAUGAUGAUAGAUAAAAACAAUCCUCUUAGUGAGUUUUAUCCUAUUAAAUUUAAACAGGAUCCUAAUGGAAAUAAACAGAGGUGGAAAUGGGUUGCUUUGCUUCCUUUUAUAGAUCAGAAGAUAUUAUUAGAGACUGUAAUACCAUUGGAAAAAGAAAUGGAUACUUUAUCCAACUAUAGAAAUAAACUUGGAUGUGAUAUUUUGUACAGUUUUAAGUUUUCUCCCAUUAAGAAUAUUCUUGAAGAAAAUAACCAAAAUUCAUCUAAUAAUGAUAAAUUUUCUAUUAAAAUUUACGGUAUGCCUAUUUUUGGAUACAUUCAAAAUUAUUGUCAUCCGGAUCUAAAAAUUCAAGAUCAUGAUCUUGAACAGGUAACGGUACCAAUUAUUGAAACUUGUGAAAAUAUCCAACAAGGUAAAGAAAUUAUUAAAAAAAUGUUGAACGAUGAUAGAAAUAAUAGAAAUUGGACAAGUAUAUUAGAGAGUUCAUUUAAUCAUAGAAUUGAUCGACCAAGUUAUGUUAUUGGAUAUUUUAAGCUUGAAAAACUGGAAAAGAAAAUAAUUUGGAAAGAUCCGACAAAUGAUCAUUUUCAGAUGUUUAAAGUUGGGUUUGGAUCCAAAAUUUUACCUAAUUCAAAUACUUUUUUAAACUCUAUUUCAGAAUUUGAUUUAAAAAACCAGGAGAGAAAAUUCAAAGGAUUUAAAGCUAAUCAAAGCCAGAAAAUUCUUUUUAAGCUUUUUAAUUAUUGGAAUUUAAAUGUUGAUUUUAAUCAAAAUUCUCAAGUUAUAAACUUAGAAGCUAAAUCUUUCUAUAAUCAAGGCAACUACCAUGAAUCAAAUUUGUUUGGUAACAAAAGAUUCAGGGACCAAUUUGACACCAACAACUACUCAUCUUCUAAUUAUUCCUUUUAUUCUGGAAGUCACAACCAUCACCAACAAAAUAGCUAUAGACAUCAGCAUCUAAACUACGAGCACCGUAAUAGUAAUAAUAAUCAUCGCAAUCACCAUUACCAUAAUAAUAAUAACAAUUACUACUCAUCAUACUCAUCAUCAUCGAGACAAACUCCUCACAACCAUUCCAUUCGGACAAACCACUUUGAAAACCGUCUGUAUGACCAUGAAUACUUCUUAAAGAACAAAGAAAGAAUUUUCAGUAGUCAUGACGGUGCUGAAUAUAAAGAUCCGGGUUAUAACCAACACAAUAACUCCGAUAGAUAUCUAACUCCACACUUUCCAUCAUCAGGAUCAGGGUACCGACCACAUGAUGAACAAUUACACAGCCAGAACUUACAAUCAGGUAUGAGAGUUACACCACGUGCCAAUAGUUACAACCAACACAACAGAGACUCUAAUUCUUACUUGAGUCCUCAAAAUCCUUCUAGUCACUCUAAUCACAAAAAAAGCAGAUGGCAUUAA